CUUAACGCCAUCUACCACUCCCUACAAGAACCCAAAAUCUCCCAUCACCGCCUCCACUCUUCUACAAAACCUAAACACCUCUCUCUCUCUCUCUCGCUCGAAACCUCACUCCCUCUUUCUCUCUCUCUCUCUAAAACCCAAAAAGCACACUUGUAUUUCUCUUCAUCCUUUCCUUCUUCUAUUCCUUGAGCAUUAUAUUGCACCAAACACAAACUUCUCUCUCUCAUCUCUCGGUUUAGUCAAGCUGGCGAUCGAAAACCAAGACACCACCGUCCGCGAAAUCAAGCCCAAGAGCAGAAGAAUCAUGGGUCCGGAGGAAGAGGAGAACCACAGGUGGCCGCCAUGGCUGAAGCCUCUGCUUAAAGAGAGCUUCUUUGUGCAAUGCAAGUUGCACGCCGAUUCUCACAAAAGCGAAUGCAAUAUGUACUGCUUGGAUUGCAUGAACGGCGCUCUCUGCUCUCUCUGCCUCAAUUUCCACAAGGACCAUCGCGCUAUUCAGAUAAGAAGGUCCUCAUACCAUGAUGUGAUAAGGGUUUCUGAAAUUCAGAAAGUGUUGGACAUUAGUGGAGUCCAAACCUACAUUAUCAACAGCGCUAGAGUUGUCUUCUUGAACGAGCGACCUCAGCCACGCCCCGGCAAAGGCGUCACCAACACCUGCGAAGUAUGCGAGCGCAGCCUCCUUGACUCCUUCAGAUUCUGCUCUCUCGGUUGCAAGAUUGUGGGAACAUCGAAGAAUUUCCAGAAGAAGAGGAAGCAAAUGGCGGUGAUGGCGUCGGAUUCCGAGGACUCGUACAGCAGCAGCAGCAGCCAUGGGAGGUCAAGCAACAAGUUGCAAAGCUUCACGCCUUCGACGCCACCACCAACUUCUGUUAAUUACAGAACGGCCAAGCGAAGAAAGGGAAUUCCUCACCGAGCCCCAAUGGGAGGACUAAUCAUAGAAUACUAGAGUAUAAAAAGUCGAUUAUAAUAUUUUUAGUUAAUUGCUCUAUUUCUCCCGUUUAUACAAAGUUAGUUUCCAUAAUGCCCUCCAAUGCCCUGAGCUUUUCUCUCCCAAAGGCCGGUGUUGGCGAUAAUUCUCUCUAGCAUUGUACAUAGAAGCCAAUAGAAAGUUCAUAUGAUGUUUGAUGAUGGGAAAGGUAGGGAAUAAUAAUAAUAAAGGAAAUUACGUGAAGGACAGUCCAAGACCAAGUGGGUGUGGAGUAAAGAGAGGACUGAAGUGAUAAGAAAAAAAAAUAGUAAGUUUUUAUUUUUAUUUUUAUUAUUUUUAGUUUUGCUUGUUUUCGAACAAUAGAUUAUGGAAGGAUGUUUUAGAGUGGUUAUACAUAAGUUUUAGGGUUAAGAUGAAAAUGUAAAUAUUUUGGGUUUUUAUUUUUCUUGUUAGAGAGAUAGGGAAGAAAAUACAAUGUAUCACUCCUUUGGAAAUAGGGGGAUGUCAUGUCUAUAUGUGGAAAAAUGUAAUAAGAGAUUUUCUAGUUUGUACGUGUA